AUGUCCUACCGAAAGGCGGGGCCUACCGUAUCUUUGUUCGAUAUACUCAUCCCAAAUGAAAUUGCUGAAUUGCACGUAGCAUUUAGUAUUAGUAAUAUCAGCGGUAUUCAUUUUUAUGAGUGGCGCGCUCUGUUUUUCAUUAUGUCACGUAUGAAAAGAAGGGCAUCCGGGAGACGAAAGCCCGCGCGGCAUCUACAGUUGGCCAUACGGAAUGAGAAUGAAUUGAACAUACUUCUCUCCGAUGUAAUAAGCGCUCAAGGUGGUGUGUUACCGAAUGUUUACUUGGCGCUACUUCCGAAACCGUCAAAUCAGGAAUCAACCUCGAAGCAAACUGAUGAUCCUAAGCGUUGGGAUAUACCCGGACAUUUCUACUCCUUAAUCUGA